AUCUUUGCCUCCGGAAAGGCAAUUGAUUUUCUCACACCUACAAUGGCGUCGAAAUCAUACACAAACUGUGCCGCAGUGGACAGGACCUUCGGGCCGUACGCUGGAGAGCACUGUCGAGGAGGUUUCGACUUCACUCUAUUGUUUGAAGAGGCCAUUUUUUCACUUAUUCCAAUAUCUCUUGUUCUAAUCAUCGCGCCGAUCCGCCUUCGAUAUCUCUGGAAGAAGCAAAACAAAGUAUCCAGUUCCUUGAUUCUACCCGUCAAAUUGAUAGCAUGGACAUUCCUCAUCGCUUUCGACCUCGCUGCUGUCGUUCUCUGGGUACAGAAGCCUACGAAGAAUGUCGCCGCCGUUCCUUCGGCUAUCCUGAGCCUCAUCGGUGCAGUCUGCCUGUGUUUGCUCUCUUAUUUCGAACAUAAACGCACUAUUCGGACUUCAUUCAUCCUCAACUUUUAUCUGUUCUUCACCACUCUUCUCGAUACCGCACGCUCGCGCAGCUAUUCUUUGACCAGCGAUCUCGAGACGAUAUCAACUCUCUUCACAACGCGGAUCGGGGUCAAGGUUUUCCUUGCUAUUUUCGAGGCCAGGGGCAAAAGUAGUCUGUUGCUUCCCGAAUUUUCGCAUGAACCGCCAGAGGCUACCAGUGGUAUCUACAGCGGCGCUCUGUUCUGGUGGCAGAACGCGCUACUGAAGAAGGGGUCCGCCAAUGUUAUCUCAGUCGAUGACCUUUUCCAACUUGACAAGCACCUGCGCGCCGACUACUUGCAUCAUCAACUUCGCCUAGCGUGGAGCAAAGUCAAAAAUGUGGGCUCCAACUCCCUUUUCACGGCAACCUUGAACAAGCUGAAGUGGCCCGUCUUGGCAGUCGUUCCACCACGACUAUGUCUGAUCGGCUUCAAUUUUUGCCAGCCGUUCUUGAUUGAACGCGCGGUGAAGUACAGCGAUGAAACAUUCCUGGCUCAAAACAUGAAUAUCGGAUAUGGGCUGAUCGGCGCGUACGUGAUCGUGUACAUCGGUAUCGCGAUCUCAACAGGGCAAUACCAACACAAGACGUAUCGGUUCAUCACCAUGAUGCGCGGUGGUCUUAUUUCCAUGCUCUAUAACAAGGUGACCGAUAUCAGCUUAAAAGAUGUAGAUGUUGCCUCGUCUAUUACGCUCAUGAGCGCUGACAUCGAGCGCAUCGUCACUGGCAUGCAAACCGGGCAUGAGAUCUGGUCCAACUCGGUAGAGGUCGCCGUUGCAAUCUUCCUGCUGUCCCGCCAGUUGGGCGUCGCUUGCGCCAUUCCCGUGGGUGUUGCCGUUGUUUCGCUUGUUGGGUCCAUUUUCGCGACGAGCUUGGUGAUGCAGCGUCAGGCGCUAUGGCUGCAGGCAAUAGAGCGGCGUAUUGCAGCUACGACAUCCAUGCUUAAUUCCAUGAAGGGCGUGAAAAUGGGUGGCAUUACCGAUAUCCUGAGAGAUGACUUGCAUCAGCUCAGAAUCGACGAACUCGAUAUUUCGAAGAAAUUUCGAAAACUCUUGAUUUGGACCAUGGGUUUCUCUUACAUCUCGCCCCUUGUUUCCCCCAUUGUCACCUUCGCGGUCUUCUCUGUUUUGGCCCAGAAGAGUGAUGGCACGACCACACUGGACACCGCAAAAGUCUUCACUUCUCUCUCGCUUUUCACUUUGCUCUCGGAGCCGCUCGGCUCCUUGAUCAUGGCUCUUGCUUCUUUGAUGGGAGGCGUUGGCUCGUUCCAGAGAAUCCAGGAGUUCCUCGGGAAGGAGCCACUGGCUGAGCGUCGCAAGUUCCCUCACCUGCGGCAGAGCAUCGAUUCGUCAUCAGAUGUUGGCUACGAUACUGACAACGAAUCAAAAGAUUCUCGGAAAAGUCGGGAUUCCUCCCCGAAGGCCAGACUGUCAACGUUGGGAUUCUCGGGUACUCAAACAGUUGUUGUCGAAAACGGCAGCUUUGGCUGGGACAAAGAGAAGCAGCCUUCUGGCUUGCUAAGUGAUAUUAACAUGGUCGUCCCACGAGCCAAGAUCACGAUGAUUGUGGGGCCCGUGGGGUGCGGUAAAUCAACCUUACUCAAGGCUAUCUUGGGUGAACUGCCAGUCAUGGAUGGAACUGUCCAUCUUUCGACACUGCGUAUCGCCCUGUGCGAUCAAACGCCGUGGCACGUGAAUGGGACGGUGCAGCAGAGUAUUGUCGGCAUCUCGGACUUUGAUCAAAAGUGGUAUGCAGCAGUGAUUCGUAGCUGUGCCUUAGACGAGGAUCUUCGUUUGCUGCCCCAGGGCGAUCAGACCCAGAUUGGGAGCAAAGGUAUCGCUUUGAGUGGGGGGCAGAGUCAGCGCAUAUCUCUCGCCAGAGCUAUCUAUGCUCAGAAGGAUCUCGUCAUCCUAGAUGACUGCCUCAGUGGCCUCGACGGUCAGACUGAGAACCGUGUGUGGCAUAGCCUCUUUGGUCGAGAGGGACUUCUUCGUCGAUGUAGGUCGACGGUAUUGAUAGCCUCAUCAUCAGCCAAACGACUCUCUUACUGCGACCACAUUGUCGCACUUGGCAAGGAAGGCAAGAUUGUGGAGCAGGGCACAUUUGAAAAGCUCAACCGUUCUGGCGGUUAUGUCUCCAGUUUCGAUCUGCCCGAGCCAGACUGGGACUUUAUGCCCGAAAAACACGUGUACGAAGCACCACCCAAAUACACAGAGCGCCCAGCCACAGAGAAGAUCACCGAAGACGACAUCCAAGCAGAGACGAAUCGGCGGACAGGUGAUGCGGCCAUCUACCUGUACUACGUUCAGUCAGUUGGGUGGAUCCCCACCCUCAUUUUCAUCGUCUCCAUCACCAUCUUCAUCUUUGGACAGUCAUUCCCCACCAUCUGGGUUAAGAUGUGGGCUGAAUACAACCAGGAGUUCCCUAAUCAGCGUUUGGGAUACUACCUCGGUAUCUACUCGCUUCUCGGAGGCUCUGCGCUGAUUUUCCUGGUCAUCAGUUGCUGGCAGCUGAUCGUCACCAUGGUUCCUCGUUCUGGUGUCAACUUCCACAGAAGACUACUGGAUACGGUCCUCCGCUCCCCUAUGUCGUUCUUCGCCACCACGGACACGGGUGUCACUCUCAACCGCUUCAGCCAGGAUCUUCAAUUGAUUGACAUGGAGCUGCCACUCUCGGCUCUAAAUACGUUUGCGACGUUUGUUCUUUGUAUUAUGCAAAUGGUUCUGAUUGCGGUUGCUGCACCUUUUGCGGCUAUUUCUUUCCCGAUAGUUGGGGCUGCAGUUUACUUCGUCCAGCGAUUCUACUUGCGCACCUCCCGCCAGCUCCGAUUCCUGGAUCUUGAAGCGAAAUCACCCCUGUAUUCACAAUUCAACGAGAUGUUGGAGGGUGUUGCAACUAUCCGUGCAUUCGGAUGGCAGAGCUUCCUGGAAGAGAAAGCGAAGGCAUUGCUCGAUCGCAGCCAACGCCCAUUCUACCUGCUCUUCGCGGUCCAGCGCUGGCUCACACUAGUUCUCGAUCUCAUCGUAGCAGCCAUCGCCACUGUUCUAAUUGUUCUAGUUGUAGCCCUCAAAGGAAAACUCAGCCCCGGGUACGUCGGCGUAGCCCUAGUGAACGUCAUCCUCUUCUCCCAAAGCAUCAAGCUCCUCAUCAACUUCUGGACCCAACUCGAAACCCACAUCGGCAGCGUAGCCCGUAUCAAAACCUUCACCACCGACGCGGUCUCUGAGGAUCUCGAAGGCGAAGACCAAACCCCGCCACCAAACUGGCCUUCCCAAGGCCAAAUUGAGUUCAAGAACAUCACGGCGUGCUACCGACGUCACGAACCCGUUAUUUCAGGGUUCUCGCUGUCCAUCGCACCGGGCGAGAAAGUCGCAGUCGUGGGUCGCACAGGUAGCGGGAAAUCCUCCCUAGUCGCAUCGCUCUUCCGCAUGAUCGACCUCUCAGCAGGAAAUAUCACCAUCGACUCCAUCCCCCUUUCCGUCCUCCCCCGCCAGACUAUCCGAUCUAGAUUAAUUGGACUCCCGCAAGAUGCGUAUCUCCUCCCUGGCUCGGUGCGACUGAACGCGGACCCGACGAAGCAGAGCACCGACAAAGCCAUCAUGCAGGCGCUGCGUGAUGUCCUGCUCUGGGAUGUUGUGGUCUCGAAGGGUGACGAGAAUAAAUAUGCGCACCCACUUGACGUCGAUGUCGAAGACCUACAUCUUUCGCACGGACAGCGGCAGUUGUUUUGUCUGGCGAGAGCCGUGUUGAGCGCCGGGAGGUCGAGUGUUGUUGUGCUGGACGAGGCUACUAGCAACCUCGACGCAACAUCGGAUUCGCACGUCCAAAAACUCCUCCGCUCAAACUUCGCCUCCCACACCAUUAUCGCCGUCGCGCAUAAAUUAGACACGAUCCUCGACUUUGAUAAAGUCAUCGUCAUGAACCAGGGCCAGAUGGUCGAGUAUGGCGAGCCGUUCAAACUGCUGGAACGCGAGGGGAGUUGGUUCAGAAGCCUUUAUUGGGAUGGGCGCGGGGAUGAGGGACUCAGAAGUGUUGGCGGCCUGGAUGCUGGGGAUGAUGAUAUUAUGGCCAUCACCCAGUAAACUAGCGCAGCUGCGGGGAAGCAUAAAAAAAACAGUGGAAAUUGUACAUAAAAGUAUCUUUUGUAUGUGUGUGUGGUAUUUACAUACAUGAGUUUGGCGGUCCUGGGGUUUGCAUUUCUUUGGGGAACAACAACUCUUUUGUGAGAGUUUCGGCGCUUUGGUUUAUGAGUUAAUUGUUCCACUGUUGCUUUUUUGGGGAUUGGCAGAUUGAUUUUUAUUUUGUAUUCGGGCAUCAUUGUAGCUCCCAGUUGCUCGCUAUUUAGCAUACGUACAUAUCAUCUUUCAAUUUCAAAAAUGCACCUAAACAUGUCUUGAAAAAAAGAAAGAACCCUACCUGCUCCUCCCUCCAUGUCUCUAACGAUCCUUACUUAACGUCACCAUUUACCACAACAAAACAAAUCGCAGCACAACCUACCUCUUGCGCAAAACACAUCCCUCCUACCUCUCCCAACUCACAAUCUCGUACUUCCCCAAACGCCAAGAACCCAAACCACCUCCACAGACCAAAAAAAAAGUCUUUCUCUCUACCCCCCCCUACUUCACCACCUCACUCCUCC